AUCGACAAUAAUAAAAUUUUAUUCCCUGAUCAAAUCAUCACACACAAACACAAGUACAUAACUAGACGAACAACAUAAACACACGUAUACAUCUCUCUGGCCUGUUCAUUUCACCAAUGCAAUCAAUGGCGUUCGACAGGCCCGAUUCAGCUCCGAACCACCAGCCCGGGAAGCUCCGAUGGGGCGAGCUCGACGAAGACGACGGCGAGGACCUGGACUUUUUGUUACCACCGAAACAAGUGAUCGGGCCCGAUGAAAACGGGAUCAAAAAGGUGAUCGAAUAUAAGUUUAAUGAUGAUGGUAAUAAAAUAAAGAUCACUACGACAACACGUGUAAGAAAGCUGGCCAAGGCCCGUUUGAGCAAACGGGCCGUGGAGAGGCGAUCAUGGCCCAAGUUUGGUGAUGCCGUGAGGGAGGAUGUUGGUGCUAGGCUUACUAUGGUUUCCACUGAAGAAAUCUCUCUUGAACGUCCUAGACCUCCUGGUUCUAAACCAGAUGAAGGCAAGGUGUCUGGAGAUUCCUUGGCACAGCUUGGAAAAGGAGCAGUUCUUAUGUUGUGCCGAACAUGUGGCAAAAAAGGUGAUCACUGGACAUCUAGAUGCCCCUACAAAGAUCUUGCUCCGCAGACUGAUGCCUUUGUUGACAAACCACCAAUCUCUGAUGUACCAAUGCCUACUGGCGCCACAAAGGGAACUUAUGUUCCUCCAAGCUUGAGAGCUGGUGCAGAGAGACCAGCAGUGCCAGAUAUGAGACGCCGGAAUGAGGAGAACUCAGUUCGGGUCACCAACUUAUCCGAAGACACUAGAGAGCCUGACUUGCUUGAGCUAUUCCGCACAUUUGGCCCAGUAAGUCGUGUAUAUGUUGCAAUUGAUCAGAAGACGGGGGUAAGCAGGGGUUUCGGCUUUGUUAACUUUGUGAGCAAGGAAGAUGCAGAGAGAGCAAUUAUGAAGUUGAAUGGUUAUGGUUAUGACAAUCUAAUUCUUCAUGUGGAAUGGGCCACGCCGAGGGUGAACUAGAAUUUUGUCAUCUCCAGAGGAAUUGUCUAAGAGUUUUGGUCAGUUUUACAUCCAUUAUGUUGCUGAUAGUCUCUUCGGUUUGUUGCUUGUUCAUCAUUGUUUUUUCUCCUAAUACUUGAUCUAAGUACAUCAAUAUAUUAAACCUGAUACUUGCAUUAUUGUCUGUUCUUUCCUUUUAAGAUACACCAGCAAUGUUUUUACCCUUCUUUGAUAUUUCUUUUCAUCUCC